AUGAGCGCUAAAGAAUUGCUCGCUGACGUUGAAGGCGGCGUGGUGCUGGUGGACUGCCAUGAGAAAAUGUUAUGGAUAGCAUUUAUCUACAUGGACGAGGGACUGUGGCAAGACAACGGCGUCUUUGAUGUUGUUGAGAAGCUGCACGCGCACGGGUGGUCAUUCAGCAAGGGUGGGUUGAGGUUUAACUGCACCCUGGACAUAUUCUACCUCAUCUAA